UGGUUUCGCAAUAUAUCUGAACGAAAACGCGUUGUGUGUACAGUUAGUUGUACUGACGUUCGUAGCAAUUUGAUUUCUGGUAAUUUGACGAUAAGAUGCGUGGUACAUUUAUAUUUGUACUGUGUUUGGCAGGGUACCGCUGCGCCCAAGGCGGUGGCUGUCCGGGAUCUCAGAAUCCCGCUGGAUCGUGGACGGCUCCAGCAGGCCAAUGCAACGACGAGGAGUGCGUGGUUUACGACCUGACCUCGCAGAACACGUGCCGGUAUGUGGACAGCGAACCAGCCACCAAUGAUGCCCGCUGGAAAGCUAGCCUUAAUGCGGACGUGGAUGUGCAGAUCCUCCAGGGAAAGAUUGCCGCCUACAAACUGCAGUGGUUUAGCGGUCAAUGGUCGGACUGGUACGUGCCCGGCAAGAACGAUAUCGACACAAAGCUGAAUGGCUGCAGCAUGCGCCGUCCGUGGUCGUACUUUUUCGACCACACGCAUUCCUAUAUUAUUUGCCAGUGAUCGAUAUUUUCGGAUUUUGUUUCGUCCUUACGUGGGCGGAUAAUUCUUAAAAUAAUUAACUGUUUUGUGCCGCCUACAUUUUCAGAGUAAAAAACGGUUUCAUGAGUUUGCGUUAUUAGUAUUUUUGCUGUUUGGUAUAUGUACUGUACCCGCACCGCUCGUAUCGUAAUUAUGUAUUCAAAGGGUACUCUAUACGUGACUGCGCGGUCCAAUAACUUUUCUGAGCUAAACCGCUAUCUAUGAUAUCUGUAGGCAGUACUAGGCACGAUGCCACGAUUGUACGGCUAUUCGCGGCUUAGUUAAUUUAACUUAAUUAUAAUCAGUACUAA